UUUGUCGGUACAUAGUACGUAAUGUAUUAUUGGUUAAGAUUCAAAUGAACAAAUGGUUAAAAAUCUAGAACGAAUCAUUUUAAAAAUCAUAGAAUAAUGUUAAAUUCAAGACAGUUUAUUGAUUUAUUUCGAAAGCAAGGCCGAAAGUUAUUCGCAACGCGACAACUCAGUAAUUUCAAACCGAAACAAUUUAGUUUAAAUAGUGAAUUCUUUGAAAAUUACACACCCGAUGAAGAGACAAUAAAUGAAAUUGAAGAGAGUACAAAAAUCCGCAAGAGUCACGGUAGCGUACAACUAUUGCGGCAUCAUUACAAAAAUUUUAUGAACGAAAGUGAAAGUGAAAAACGAAAAGAUUUGCGAUCGAAGUUAAUAACUGAAUUAAAGAAAUUUCCAAAUAAAACACAUCCAACUGUAUUGAGCUAUGGAGCCGAUUCGGAUAAGGUGGAAUUGUAUUCGUUUGGCGAUUUACACAAUAAUCCAAUGCCAGAUUUCAAAAGCUACGAAGAAUUGGGCAAAAUGUCGACAACCAUUCGAACGAGUAAUUUAGGCAAUUUUACCGGUCCGGGAUCAUACUACUUUAUGGAUAGUGUAGCCAAAUUGGCACGAGCAUUGGUUGAUUACACGAUGGAUAAUUUAUAUAAAGAAGGCUUUCAGUUAAUCACUGUACCGGACAUUUUACCAGCUGAACUUAUUGAAGCCUGUGGAAUGACUGUCGAUGACCAUGCAACUCAAGUGUAUCGUUUGAAACCAUCGGAUCUAUGUUUGUCGGGCACGUCAGAAAUGGCACUCGCCGGUUUUUUCAGUGGUAAGACAAUGAAAGCAGAAGAUGCACCGAAAAAGGUGAUGGCCACAAGCCGAUGUUUCCGGGCCGAAGCAAGUGCAGCAAGUGUAGACGGAAGUCUAUAUCGUGUUCACUGUUUCACCAAAGUAGAGAUGUUCUCAGCUUGUUUGCCAACACAGUCAGAUGGUCUUUUGGAAGAAUUUCGAGAUAUUCAACGACGUCUAUUCGAAGGUCUUGGAUUGUGUUUUAAACUAUACGAUAUGCCAGUAUACGAUUUAGGCUUACCAGCCUAUCGAAAAUAUGAUAUUGAAGCUUGGAUGCCAUCACGCAAAAGUUUUGGCGAGAUUUCAAGUACCAGUAAUUGCACUGAUUACCAAUCGAAACGAUUGAAUAUUUACUUUGAGGAUGGUGGAAAAAAAUUCCAUGCACACACCGUAAACGGUACAGCAUGUGCAAUACCACGAAUGAUAAUCGCAAUACUCGAACAGUAUCAGACAUCGCGGUCAAUACGUGUUCCAGAGGUAUUACAGCCAUACAUGGGAGAGACUGAAUUACGUUCAUCGACCAAAGUGCCGCCAACACGGAUUGCAAAACAUAAAGAAAAGAAAGAAAAGAAGAAAGGCAAAGAAAAACAGUGAUAAUCCACUACAAAGAAAUUAAUGUGUUAAUUUUGGAAUGCGGUCAAAAAUGAAAUUGUUGCCGUUUCGGAUGGCAAACAUUGACCGAAUGCUUCUAAGAGUAAUGGUUCACCAGAUACUGUUGUCAAAUAGUCCUGAAACGAAAUCUGAAUCACAAUAAAAAUUAAAAAAAAAAAUAUUGUAAAAAAUACCGAAAAAAAACCUCACUUUUCCAUCUUUAUCAACAUCGAAUUUUCGCAAUGCGAUUUCCAUAAGAUCUUUCACACUUUCGUCGGGAUCUUCGUCUUGUGGCUGUUUGAUAAGGCAAUUUUUCAUCAAUGAAAACAUUUCGUCUUUGGUGAUAAACCCGUCGGUGUUUAAAUCAUAAACACGAAAACAGAAUGUUGCUUUUUCAAAUAAAGUUCCGCGCAAAAAGACCGAUAUACCACAUAUCCAACUUUCCAAUCGCAGUGGUAAACCCUCGCUACCUUUUUCCCAAGACGUGAAUAUCCGUUCCAUUAACGUCUCUUCGGCCGAUAUAUCAAAUGUACUAUGCAACAAUUCACGGAAUACAUUUCGAUCAAUUCCCUUCAAAGUGGUAAUAAUUGUAUUAGUUUUGUCAUUUCAAUAAAACUGGAACCGUAAUUCGGAAUCAAACACCUACCUCUGCACCACCAUGUGGCCUUGAUAUGACAUUAUUAAUGCCAGUUUUUCCUUUGUUAUUCGGAUUGUAACAGUUGAGAACCAAUUUUCGAUAGAUUUUACACAGAAUCGUUAGUUCUUUUCUGCAUUUUUCAACAACAAAAAAAGAGAAAUAUUCAACAAAUUAACCAAAAGACAAAUAUUACUUGCACGUGAAAAUUGUCUAAAAUAUAAAUGUGAGAAUGAAAAAGCGAAUAAAAAAAACCUACUUGGAAAAGUGCGUUUUUCGUUUUAACGUUUCCAAUAUUUUUGGCGUUGGUUUGCCAAUCGAGUCGUCCAUUUUGUUUGGUCGAUUUCGAUUUUUACCACUUUUGCCAUUUUUCGUGGUUGUUUCUUUGCUGCGUUGGUUACAGAUUCGCCGGCUAUUAACUAUCAAAAUCGAUACGCUUUUCAUUAUCAUUGCACCACGACUUUUCAAACUGGCCGCUUGCAAGCUUUUGCGAGAAUUCGAUUGUCGCAUAUUCGACUGAGACGCCUGGUUACAUAUUU